AGAAAAUUUUUACGUUUUCCCUGAUGAAACGACAGUCUCUGUGCUGAGUCCAUCCAGCUCCAAGUUCAACUGAGCGAAUCGGUCUCUCUCUGUUCCUCGGUCUUUCUAUUCUCUUUUUUAUUUUCCCACUUCCGGAAAGAAGAAGCAAAUGGCGUCAACAUCAGCAUCAGCAAUCGAAGGAACUGUGACGGAGAGAAGAGGAAUACCAGCGGCCGCCUUCGUAGAGGAUGUCCAAACAUAUUUAUCCCAAUCGGGCCUGGAUGCCAAUUCCGCUCUCGCCUUCUUCCAAGAAAGACUUCAGCAGUACAGGGUAGUUGAGAUGAAACUUCUGGCUCAGCAGAGAGACCUUCAGGCAAAAAUUCCCGACAUUGAGAAGUGCUUAGAUGUAGUUGCGGCCCUGCAAGCUAAGAAGGGUACUGGUGAGGCUCUACUAGCUGAUUUUGAAGUGUCAGAGGGCAUUUAUUCCCGUGCUCGCAUUGAAGAUGCUGAUUCUGUUUGCCUAUGGCUUGGAGCCAAUGUCAUGCUUGACUAUUCAUGUGAAGAGGCUACUGCUCUUCUUCAAAAAAAUUUAGAGAAUGCUAAAGCAAGUUUAGAAGUUCUUGUGGCCGAUCUACAGUUUCUAAGGGAUCAAGUUACCAUUACGCAGGUAACAAUUGCUCGUGUAUAUAACUGGGACGUACAUCAACGAAGAACACGACAAGCUAUCGUGACCACAGAAUCAUAAGGAACAUAUUGUACCUUCCAAUUUACAGUUGGUGGCAAUCCAUAUUUCAAGUCAGGUUAACGAAUUUGUCAUUAAGGUUAGCAGUCACGAUUUCGUUGCCUGAUAUCAUCAGCGAGGAUGCUUUGGUCAUCCUUUAAAUUCCCGAUUCUGAAUCUUGUUUGCGAUCAAGAGACGUGUUGUGAGAAAAUUAGACUGCAUCAGCUUUGAAGUGUGAGUUUAGAGCUGUAAUAUUGGGUAGAAAUAUCUGCUUCUUUGAUGCUUUUUGUUUUCUUGAACUGCUUGAUGGCUCGAUAAAGUUAGCAGUGCUUGUUUCUGUUGUUGGAUUAAAUGACUUUGGCCCUACAUGGGAUGCCCUUCUCCCCUGGCUUGAAGUUUUCGAUUAA